UGUUUUGUUGUUACUUUAUACUAAUUAUUCCGGCACAUUCUCAUUACCUAACCCAAAUAAAAUAAUAUCCAGAAAUUGAGAUGUCCUGGAUAACAAAUAAUAUUCGCAAGGCAUUAAACUGCACAACCAAUCAGCCAUUCCUCCAGAAAUGGAUAAAUAUUCCCGCAACAAUUACCAGCACACCAACCAGUGCAGUGGGCUUGCGCCAUCUUUCGUUCGAGGAAAAGCGUGCCAAAGGUCCCCUCAUUCGCCGCUAUGGUUAUAAGGAGCGUCUACAUCAACGUGGUCUGCUCCCUCACUGGGAUAAUGGACAGAAAUUGCCAAUGCCAGAUUAUCGACCGAAAAAUGCGUGGUCUGAAAAGCGUGCGCUUUUUGGUCAAAAUGAUUAUAUCGACAUACUAGGUUCUGAUCGUCUACAUCCCACGAGAGUAUUAUAUUCAGUACCAUCAUGGUUGCGUGGUGUAUCGGGCAAUGAAUAUCAAGUGCUGCUGCGUAAACGUAAAAUGCUAUGCAAAACCAAGUAUCCCAUUGCACGACCAACAAAGUGGAAACAAUUACAGAAGCGUAUACUUUAUUUGUAUCGGUUCCUCAAUCGCAAAACCAAGACCAGUUACUCCAAACAAUAGUGUAUAGCUUAUAAAAAUGAUGUGGAAUAAGGCAAUAUUAUGGGAUUUGAAAAAUUUUAUUAAAAGUUUAAAAUAUGUUUGAAAUAAAAUCGAAUGAUUCAAUUAAAAAUCGAAAUGUAGUGUAUGUAUGUAUUUGGCAAAAUAUUGUGGAUAUUGUUUAAGUUCCGGUGCUUGAACUGAUUUCUGUAGACUCGAAGAAAUCGUCUAAACUCCCAUCGUCAAAGUCAUUGAUUGUCAAUUAAAGUAGUCAAAGUUUUUGUUUUAAAUAAUUUUUAUUUGUUGUUGUUUCUUGUUUCCGUUCAUAAUGUUUUCAUUCAUAAUAAUUAUACUCAUAAUAACCAUAUAAUAAUAGCAUAAAUCUUAGAGGUUGUUCUUAAAUACAUUCGUUAUACCAUUAUAAAUUUUGUUUUUGAGUACAAUAAUUAAUUUAUAGCGUUCACCAAAUCUUCACAUAAAAAAGUUGAUAACUAUGUGUGUAAAAACGAACACCAAAUGUUCAAAUUAAAAUCACUUGUAAAAA